AGGAUCCACGUUCGUCAUGCCCUUAUCAAUUGCAAGUUGAUAGUCAAAGAUACCCCAUUUCGGCAAAAGAUUUUAAUUCUGCUGCACUCGCGACAACAAUGGGGGAGACAUCUUCGAAAAUGGAUGGACAUUCAGGUUCAGUGGAAAAUUCAAUGCUAGCUCUUCUCGCAUCUGCUAUUAAUGAUGAAAGAUCAACUAUGAUUGCUCGUCCUAAUCCUGGGGAUCCUCCACGUGGAAAUGUGGGAAUUCUCGAGGCGAAAUCUCCAACAUGGCAGGACGUCGUGACAUCCAAAGAAUUCAUCUAUGGAGCUGGAGCAGCUAUGGGGGCAGUUGUGGGUGUUGCAAUGGCUCCAAAGGUUGCCAAUGAAAUCGGAUUCCGUGAAGAAGGAAUUAAGAAGGACUCCAGUGCAACUUCAAUGAUGCGUAGACAUGGGCCCUCAACCCCUGCUGGGGGAGUCGUUGCUACUUGCCAGCAUGUGGGGAACAAGAACAGCGUUCUCGGAUCUCCUGCGGCUACUACUGCGUCUGCACUAACCGGGGCAGGAAUUGGCCUUGGUAUUGCUGCCAUGGCCGUGGAAAUUGCAAAAUUAUUUGAAGAUGAUAAUGAUGGCGAUGAGGAUGAGUAAAUAUGAAGAACAUAAUGUGGUAAUUAUAUUAUAUAACUGCUCCAACGAAUUUUUCGAAGAAGCUGAAUUAUUUCGUCAUUUAAUACCAAUGGAAAUUGAAAUCAACAAGAAAAUUGAGUCGGACUUAAUUAGGUAAAUAACUUGGAGGGGGUGACUGGGUCAAAUUUUGACCUUUGUGGUUCAUACCAUACGAGAAUCGUUUUCCGUGAAUUUCUGUAGGAAUAUAAGAGAAUAAAUCUGAAACGUUCAGUAAAUUUUCGGGUCUGUCACCAAAAAAAUACGAAAAAGUCAU